CUGGACCAGCUACUAGACGAACAAGAUAUCCUGGAGGAAUUGGCUGGCUCGAAUUUGAAACUUAUCGAGUACUUGAGACAUCACGAUGUCCUUGAACAACUUGUCACCUACGUCAUAACGGAAAAUGCCAACGCGAAGGAUGAGGAGGCAGUAUCUGGAGAAAAACAAGAGCAAGAACAACAGGCAGAAGGAAGUGGAUCUGAUAACGGUAACGAUGACAGCGCCGACGAGGAUGACGAUGGUACAAGUUCAACUACAAGCUCUGCGGAUUCGGUGGAUACACCAGAAAAGAUCCACGCUAGAAGGGCACAAGUCUCUGCCGAGAUCCUCAGCUUGGAUGUUUGGUCAUUAACAGACUCAUUCAUGGACAAUCAUGAUUUGUUAAGGAAGUUGUGGACCCUCUUAGAUAAGCCAUGUCCUCUAUCAAUGAUUGAAUCCACUUAUUUCAUGAAGAUUAACGAACACCUGCUUGAUAUGAAACUACACGGAAUGCUGAACUUUCUAUUACAACAGAAUGACCUAGUGGAUAGAUUUCUAAGACAUAUCGAUAAUCCUCCACUCAUGGAUUUCCUGCUGAAAGUUAUUAGCACUGACAAGCCCGAUAAUCCAACUGGUAUAAUUGAAAUCUUGAAAGAACAGGAGUUGAUUCCUAAGUUGGUCGAGUUUUUGGAUCCUGAAAUUGGCGCAAGCGUACAGAGUGCUGCCGGUGACUUCAUAAAGGCAUUUGUCACUAUCAGUGCUAAUUCAAAUACCGAUAACUCUACAAUUGGCCCAAAUGAACUUACAAGAGAAUUACUUUCUGAAAAAGUUAUGGAACGGUUAUGCGAAUUGAUGCUACACGGGGGAACAAGUCUCGCUAAUGGUGUUGGUAUUAUGAUUGAGAUUAUCAGAAAGAAUAAUUCGGACUACGAUUUUGUACCAGUCCUGUACAUCACCAUUGAAUCCCACCCUCCAACUUCAAGAGAUCCUAUAUAUCUGGGACAUUUGAUCAAAGUUUUCUCGAGAAACAUACCAAAAUUUACCAAGUUGCUUGAAGAGACGAAACUAGAUCAGAUGGAAACUCCAUUCGGCACAAUUGAACCUUUGGGAUUUGAAAGAUUUAAGAUUUGUGAAUUGAUUGCUGAACUCUUGCACUGCUCUAAUAUGGGGCUCCUGAACGACGAAUCCGGUGAAGAUAUAGUCAGAGAAAGAGACAUUGAAAGGGAGAGAAUCAUCGCAUUAGAAAGAGAACAGAAACCACAGGAAGAAAUCAAAAGGUUGAGCAUUGCAUCUAAUGACGAUUCGAAAGAUAAAUCAAAUAGUGAUGAUCAAAUUAAGCUAGAAACUGAGGAGUCUGAAAUAGAGACAGACACUGAACUUGAUGAUGAAUCAAAAGUCUCGAAAACAAACUUAGAGUCAGAAUCAGAUUCAAAUGAAGAAACUGCCGAUGCCUUUAGAUACGAUGAAAACGAAGCAAAUCUACGUGAAGAUCCAGUUGCUGGUGAUCAACUCAAAAUUUCUCUUGCAGACAACAAGGUGAUCUUGUUGAUCUUGAACAUGUUUUUCCGUUUCCCAUGGAACAACUUUUUGCAUAAUGUGGUCUUUGAUAUCGUUCAACAAAUCUUGAACGGAUCCAUGGAGAUUGGUUAUAAUAAAUAUCUUGCAAUUGACUUGUUUGGAAGAGGUCAAAUCACCAAACUGAUUAUUGAUGGCCAAGAGAACUGUGACAAAUAUGAAAAAGAGCACGGAUUAAGACUGGGCUACAUGGGUCAUCUUACGCUCAUUGCAGAAGAAGUUGUCAAAUUCACUGCAUUGUACUUACCAAGCUCUAUCCAUCAAGUUGUGUUGGAUGCUGUGUCUGCACCAGAGUGGACAGUAUAUGUCACUGAAACGCUUGUUGAGACCAGAGAGAAAUACAACGCUCUUCUCGGAGGUGAAGCAGAGGAAGAAGACGAUGAUGAGAAGAAAGGAUUUGAAUUAGAUCCAUCCAUUGAUCAUGAUAUUGCUGGCCUGGCAUCACAAAACGAUGCCGGUGAUAACGAAGAAGAGGACGAGGAAGAUACUCAGGGGGACCAAUUCUCAAGAUAUAUGUCUCAGCAGAUGACCAACGAUUUACCGGAUAAGUUUGGAUCCUCAGAUGAAGACGAUGAAGAGGAU